GGGCCGGAGGUCAUUGGUCACCUAUGGCUACAUCGAGAAGGCUAAUGUGAAGACCGUGUCCAGCCCCUAUCUGUCGAGCCGGCACCCUGACAAGAAGCUGCAAGAGGAGCCGGUGUGCGUGGAAAACCAGGGGCUCUCUCCCAGCCCCAGCCCCAAACUGGUGCACCCUGAAUCAGCCAGCAGCCAUCCAGCCACCUCCCCUGGGCUGCUUUGCAAAACCCUGACCUCCAUUGCUAAGGCAGCCACCAGCCGAGCCCUGGAGGAAUUUGGGUCACCGCAGCUAAGAAGGAGAGCAGCGACCCAGGUGGGUUACCAACAAACCCAGCAAAACCAGCAGCCGCGGUGCCAGUCCUGGACUGGGAGCCCAGUGUUGUCGGAACACAAUAACCCAAGAAUGCCCAGGUCAUCUUGCACCUUGCCUAGGAGCCCGGCCAGUGACCAGCUCUCUUCCCAGGGCCAGGGUGCAGACAGCCAGGAGCCCCCCUUCCAAGGCAUGACCCUGCCGUCCCAGGUGCAGCAGUGUUGGACGGGCAGAGAGAGCCCCAGACUAGCCUCCAAACUUAGCUCAGCCCUGGAGACAGGGCCAGGGAGUCCGGCCAGCAUCCUGCACCACAGCCCCCAGCUGCAGGCCAGCAGCAAGAGCCCCAGGCUCUGCCACAGAGUCAACUUCAAGCUGGGGGAUUCAGGGCCCACUGAGGGAAGAGAGGGACACAUUUCUCCAGCCAACAGCCCUGAAGUGGCUCGCAAGCUGGCUCAGGAGGCUAGCAAGCUGUCCUCCAUUUUUCAGGCUAGGAACUCCCUGUCCCUUACUCCUCCCCUAGACAGCCCUAGGAUGGACGCUUACAAACUGGGACGCCCUGUUUCUCCUGCUGCCGGUCCCCAGCACUCUCAAUACUCCCAACAAAGGGUAGACCUUCAGAAGACAGAGCUAGAACACUCUAAGGAUUCAGCAGUGGGGUCACCCAGCUUGAGACAGCAAAGGAGCGACGCCCAGGGGACAGACAGUCUGAAGCCUGGACACAACGCAGGGACUGUGUACACGGUCAGGCCUGCAAAGAAGUCCCCCGGUGUGAGCGCCAGGCAGCAGCAAUGCUGCAAAAGACUGGAGAGGGACAGUCUGAAAUCACGGAGACACCCAGUUGGACAUCAGCUGGGAGACACGGGGGGGGCUGACAGUCCAAAUAUCCAGAACCAGUAUGUGGAGGACAGGGGCUCAUCUGGCGCGGGAAUGAGACAAAGAGAGGACGCCCCCAGUCCAAAAGCUGGACAACAUGUUGGACAGUGUCCUAGCAGAGGGUCCCCUGUGAUGAACGCGAAACAAGGGGACUCCCUCAACCUGAGGACAGGACAGGAGGGACAGAGGGACAGCCCAAGGCUUGGACAUUGUCCUGGACAGUGUGAGGGUCAGGUGUCUCCGCGACGUGGUGGGAGAGACAGUAUGGUCAGCUCAGGGCAGCAGACUGGACAGACAGGGGCCCUCCACAUUUCACAAGAGUGCAAAACCAGCAGAAAGAAGACAGGGAGAGAGGACUCUGACUCUCAGUCGGUCAGCCUGUCCUGCUCGCCUGUCCCCUCCAUGCACUCUCAGAGAGUUGCCCGCGCAAAGUGGGAGUUCCUGUUCGGGACCGUGUCUGAGGACAGCGCAGCCACGGGGGUCAAAGACCCCCAGUACUCCACCACGCCUCCUUGUGUCGACUCCUCCAGCGAUUCUCGACCCGCUCUGGCGCCCCCCCGCUCACUGGCCCUGCGGGGCGGAGGUGAGGCUCUGGCCAAUCACAGCGUGCAGCAUGUGGAGGUGGAGCUGGUGACCCCACCCCCUGCGGUGGGAGGGUCCUGCCUGCGCACAGGGAUAAUCCGGCGCACGCUGCAGUACUCAGAGACCGACCUGGAUGCCGUGCCGCUGCGCUGCUACCGCGAGACCAACAUCGACGAGCUGCUGGCGGAGCAGGAUGAGGCAGACUCCGCCUUCGGCAGCAACCGCAGCGUCAUUGGAACCAGCGAGGAGGAGGAGGGGGGCUGGGGGGACAGGAAAAACAGGCGCGCUGCCCCCGAGGAGGAGGAAAUAUUUACCCUGGGCCUGGAUCGUCUCUCCUCUCAGUCUUCACUGGGUGCCACUCUCAAGUCCCCAAUUGAUAUUCCGGCUCCCCGCCACGCCUCGGAGGAGGGUCUGGACACGUUCAGCCGGCACUUUGAGAGCAUCAUGGAGUCCCACCGUGCCAAGGGCACAUCCUACAGCAGCCUGGACAGCGAAGACCUCCUGUCCUCGAGCCAGACCGUCUUCACCUUCGACCUGACCACACUGACCCCCGAGAUCCAGGGUCUGAUCUGCCAGAGCGCUCGCCUCAUCGAGCUCCGCUUCGCCCCCCUGGCCCCCGGAGAGACCCCCGGCAUGUCCACCACAGACUCCGCCCACACCCGGACAGACUCCGCCCACACCACCGCCCCCGAGAGCAGCGGGGAGGAGGGCACCGCUGGGAAUACUUCCAGCGAGCGCCCCCCCACCCUGGACUCGGACCCAGAGUCGGACCUGAUUGAGCGGAUGUGCCUGGGCAGCACCGACACACUGACCAAUGGGAGAAGGGCAGACAGGAACUCUGCCAAGCGAUUGGCUAAGAGACUAUACAGCCUGGAUGGGUUCAAGAAAUCAGACGUGGCCAGACAUCUGAGCAAGAAUAAUGAGUUCAGUAAGAUGGUGGCGGAGGAGUAUCUUCACUUCUUCAACUUCACAGGAAUGAGUCUGGAGCAGGCGCUGCGAGCCUUCCUGAGGGAGUUUGCUCUGAUGGGUGAGACUCAAGAGAGAGAGAGGGUGCUGGCUCAUUUCUCACGCAGAUACCUGGCCUGCAACCCCAACAUCAUCCCCUCUGACGACGGAGUACACACACUGACCUGCGCGUUGAUGCUGCUCAAUACAGACCUGCAUGGACAUAACAUUGGGAAGAGGAUGACCUGUCCUCAGUUCAUCUCCAAUCUAGAAGGGCUCAACGAUGGAGUGAACUUUCCCAAAGAUCUCCUCAAGGCCCUGUACAGCGCCAUCAAGUCUGAGAAGCUACAGUGGACAAUUGACGAGGAGGAGCUCCGCAAGUCGUUCUCAGAGCUGGCUGACAGUCACAGUAACUCCACCUCUCGCACCAUGAAGCGAAUCAACAGCUGCGGAAACCCCUUCCUGAGCGCGUCCCAGCCGGCCAGCACGCUGACCUACAAGCAGGGCUUCCUGGUGCGCAAAGUGCACGCUGACCCCGACGGCAAGAGGACCCCACGAGGGAAGAGAGGCUGGAAGAGCUUCUAUGCUGUUCUGAAGGGACUCAUCCUCUACCUGCAGAAGGGGGAAUACAGGCCUGACAAGCAGCUCUCAGAUGAGGAUCUGAAGAACGCUGUCUCCAUCCACCACUCCCUCGCCAUGAAAGCUGCCGACUACAGCAAGAGACCCCACGUGUUCUACCUGCGCACCGCGGACUGGAGGGUCUUCCUGUUCCAGGCACAAGAUGCUGAUCAGAUGCAGUCGUGGAUCACGAGAAUCAACACUGUGGCAGCCAUCUUCUCAUCUUCGCCUUUCUCAGCGGCCAUCGGCUCCCAGAAGAAAUUCAGCCGCCCCCUGCUCCCCGCCACCAGCACCAAACUGUCACAGGAGGAGCAGGUCCAGUCCCACGAGGCUCGGUUCCGCUCCACCUCGGCGGAGCUGGCAGAGCUGUGCUCCUACCCCCCCGAACGCAAGGUGAAGGGGAGAGAGUUGGAGGAGUACAGGCAGAGGAACGAGUAUCUGGAGUUCGAGAAAACUCGUUACGGUACGUACGCGAUGCUGCUGCGAGCGAAGCUGCGCUGUGGGGAGGAGGAUCUGGCGCGAUUCGAGUCACGGCUGUUCGAGGGACCCGAGGCCGAGGACAAUGGGCUCCAGAGAGCUCACUCCAGUCCCACCCUUCCCCAUGACCCCAGCCAGGGAGGGGCCGCGGGCCAGGGCAAGCGCAGCGAGGGCCAGCGACACAGCUAUAGGCAGGCAGUGAAGCACUGAGGGGAGAGGGCCACAGGAGGGCGCUCUUGCACACGGGAGGGGAGGGGCUAUGCACAGUCCUCACUGCUUCUCCCUUUCAUCGGCCAGUGGGAGCCAUGGAGGUCACCUGAUUGGCAGGCUGACUGAUGCGCUAACCAGAAGUGAACUGAAUCAGUGAGCUGUCUGUCUGUCUGUCUGUCUGUGUGUAACUGGUUUGAACCUGCAGUAGGAAUGUGAAGCUACCAUACUUCAGUCUCAUCGCUCGCACGUUACUGUUUCAUUCAGGAGGUUCGCUUUUACGGAAUUAUCCCUGAAACGCUUGGAGGCUCAUGUCUGAAUGACCUUUUUUUUUCUUUAUGAAAAUCCAAAAUAUUUCCAAGCAAAAUUUUCAUGGAAGAAGUUGUAAGCUAAGCUCUGUGUUUCAGUGAAUGAUGCUGCUUGCUCUUUUCGUGAAGCCCGAUUUGUGUUUUUUAAAAGACUUUAUCAAGCCAUUUAAAGCUGCUGUCAGAUUGACACUGACCGAGAAAGACUUCUUCUAGGAAGCGAUCGCUACCAUCGGAAUUGCUUUCGCGAUCAACAUUCCCAUUUCCCAUGAAUGCUACAGCGCUUGGUUCGCCUGAUUUCAAUCCAGCUCCUCAGAUUGACUGGCUACAGCAGGAGAAUCAUGCAGCCAGAUUUCGCAGCCUUGGAAACUUCCUCUUAAACAUCAUCUUUUAUAGAUAGGGUUUAAAAAUGUAGAUAUUUUGCAACAUAAAAACCCCUCCCAAAUACAGUAUAUUUAUCCAAAUUGAUUUACUAUUUUAUUAAAAUGUUUGGAGCA